UUGCUCCGCAGUUCAUCACCUUUCCUUAAUCGCCGUCGAGCUUCUUUCUAUGUGUGCUGCUGCUCCAUGGCUUUGAGAAGAAGCUCCAUUAAGACUCCACGCAGCUUUCAAGAGCUUCGUUGCCCCUUCAUUCGCUCUCCUUCAUUCAACUCCGACGAAUUUAUUUCCGGGAGAGGAGAAGAGGAAGUUCGAUUUUCCGGUGGUAGCUCUUUUCCCUUCUCUCGUCUGUUUCAUUCUUCUAUUCAUCAUCCUCCAUUGCCACACUCCUCUAUAGUAUUACUUGAUGGGAGUCUUGGUUUUAGAGGUUUCUCUAGUAAUAGUUCUGACGAAAUUGAAUCUGAAGACGAUAAUGAUGAAAUUGAGGUCAGUUGUGUUGAGUCAAGUACUACUAAUCACGAAGAAGUAGAGAGAGUCUGCAAAGUGAUUGAUGAAUUGUUUGCGUUGGAUAGAAACAUGGAAGCUGUUCUUGAUGAAAUGAAGGUCGAUCUAUCGCACGAUCUGAUCGUAGAGGUUUUAGAACGGUUUCGACACGCUAGGAAACCUGCAUUUAGGUUCUUCUGUUGGGCUGCAGAGCAACCAGGUUUUGCUCAUGAUUCAAGAACUUACAACUCCAUGAUGAGUAUUUUAGCAAAGACUAGACAGUUUGAAACGAUGGUUUCAGUUCUUGAAGAGAUGGGUACGAAAGGCUUAUUGACUAUGGAUACAUUCACUAUCGCGAUGAAAGCUUUCGCUGCUGCGAAAGAGAGGAAGAAAGCUGUUGGUAUCUUUGAGCUGAUGAAGAAGUACAAGUUUAAAAUUGGUGUCGAAACCAUUAAUUGCUUGCUUGAUAGUCUUGGCAGGGCUAAGCUUGGUAAAGAAGCUCAGGUUCUGUUUGAUAAGCUGAAAGAGAGGUUUACACCUAAUAUGAUGACUUACACUGUUCUACUCAAUGGUUGGUGCCGUGUGAGGAACUUGAUGGAAGCAGCUAGAAUCUGGAACGAUAUGAUUGAUCAGGGAUUGAAGCCUGAUAUUGUAGCUCACAACGUUAUGCUCGAGGGUUUGUUGAGGAGCAGAAAAAAAUCUGAUGCGAUUAAAUUGUUCCAUGUCAUGAAAUCCAAGGGACCUAGCCCUAGUGUCCGUAGCUAUACCAUCAUGAUCCGUGACUUUUGUAAACAGUCCAGUAUGGAAACUGCCGUUGAGUACUUUGAUGACAUGAUUGAUUCCGGGUUGCAACCCGAUGCUGCGGUUUACACGUGUCUGAUCACGGGGUUUGGGACUCAGAAGAAGCUGGAUACGGUUUACCAACUGCUCGAGGAGAUGCAAGAGAAGGGACAUCCUCCGGAUGGCAAAACGUACAAUGCGCUGAUCAAACUGAUGGCGAACCAGAAAAUGCCGGAACACGCCACAAGGGUCUACGACAAGAUGAUCCAGAACGAAAUUGAGCCAUCAAUACACACAUUCAACAUGAUAAUGAAAUCUUACUUCAUGGCGAGAAACUACGAGAUGGGGAGAGCUGUUUGGGACGAGAUGAUCAAGAAAGGGAUUUGUCCUGACGAUAACUCCUACACGGUUUUGAUCAGAGGGCUUAUAGGUGAAGGGAAGUCCAGAGAGGCAUGUAGAUACUUAGAGGAGAUGCUUGACAAAGGAAUGAAAACCCCUGUGAUUGAUUAUAACAAGUUUGCUGCUGAUUUCUACAGAGGAGGACAACCAGAGAUAUUUGAGGAAUUGGCGCAGAGAGCUAAGUUCUCUGGUAAGUUUGCUGCAGCAGAAAUCUUUGCAAGAUGGGCUCAGAUGACUAGAAGGAAAUUCAAACAGAGAUACAUGGAAGAUUGAUAACUUGGGGGGCGCGUAACUGGAUAUUACAACAACUCACUGGCUCGGAGAAAGCUUGUGCUCAUUUGUAAGCUCAUCUGCAAGUUUUUGUGCGAGAAAUCUUGCUUCAAUCAAGAAUAUGACUGCACUUGCACAGCUUGGAAUUUUACUGAUCACAUUUGGUUGCUGCUUCGUGCCAGCAGUUGAGGUUCUAAUGGCACAACGGGGAUUAAACUAUUCGGUAUUUGAAUAGAGUGUCAAACAUGUCUUUGCUCUUUGUAUUGUAACAUCUGAGUGAACAACACACCUCGUUUUUUUUUGGUGAAGGUGAAACGAUUUGCUUAGAAUUAAUAAUCAAUUCACAGAUUUGAUUCGA